GUGAUGAACCCCUCGUGUCUGGACUUCCCCAUGGAGCUUUCAGCAGCUCGUCCUCUAUGUCUGGGAGCUAUUUUCCCGGCUAUGCCAAGAUCAACAAGCGAGGGGGUGCUGGGGGAUGGUCUCCAUCUGACAGUGACCAUUACCAAUGGCUUCAGGUUGACUUUGGCGAUCGGAAGCAGAUCAGUGCCAUUGCAACUCAAGGAAGAUACAGCAGCUCGGACUGGGUGACCCAAUACCGCAUGCUCUACAGUGACACUGGGAGAAAUUGGAAACCUUAUCAUCAGGAUGGCAAUAUCUGGGUGAGUAAAUUGUCAGACAGGCAAAGACACAAAAUUGAGAUGCAGAUGUUUGAAAAUGGUAGAGGACUCACAUUUUAA